AGGGAGGUUUGAGACAGGGGGAGAGACAUGGGGCGAGGGGGAGGGAGAAGGAGGGGGAGAGACUCCGAUCCAUCUUGAUAUCACCAUUUACGCCUUACCCAUGGACCCAAUCUCGCCCGAGACGCUCAAGAGCACCAUGGACGUCCUCGAUUCCUCGCGAUCUUUGAAACGGGUGUUGGAUUUCGUCCGACUGUGUGGGUACUCGGAAGAUGCUCGUGGUGGCGGUGGUGGUGGUGGUGGUGAUGAUGGGGUUACUUGGACGGCGAACAUACUUGACAUCCGCCCAGGACUACCAAGUACAAACACACCACCCCCUCCCCCUCCCCCGCCCGAUCCGUCCGCCUCGGCAGCCAGAGCUCUCGCCGUGGUCGACACGCUCGCCUCGUAUCCACACCUCGUCGGUGAUCUCGCCAUCGAACGUCGGUCGCACUGUGAUUCCAGACAAGGUGAAAGUCCCGACAUCAGUGCAGAACUCAAAGAAAGUCAGGUCUGUUCAGAACCCAAAGAAAGUCACGUCACCUGUCCAGAACCCAAACAAAGUCACGACGUCUGUUCAGAACCUAAAGAGUUACGAACGAUGGAUUGGGAUUGGGAGGAAAAAAAGAUGGAGGAGAGAAGGACCCAGUUGACGACUCUUUCGUUGGAUUCUGCUUUUACGACUUGGACUUAUUUGCGGAGUGGACGUGGGCGGCUAGGAGACGGAGGAUGAGAAGAGCUGGAAGGACAUGAGGGAGGAUCGCAUGGAAGAAAGGAAGGAAGAAGGUGGGUAGGUUUCAGAGAUGAUGUCUUGAUGAACGUAAACGUAAACGUAAAAGUCAGUGUGUGGGUAUGAUAUGCGUAAACGUCAAUGUCAAAAGUCAAUGUAUGAUAAACGUAUUCGU